UCCUGGCUAUAGGCCUACCUGCUAUUCGGGACAUUUGAGUUCCAAGGAUGCGACGCCUAUAGGAUCCUGUUCAUAGGUCCUGUAGGAACAAGAAGCCACAAGAACUACUAUUCGAGUGUUAUCGAUGCACUGGUCGAGAGAGACCACCAUGUGACAUUUAUCACCCCCUUCCCCUCCAGCGUCGCCAGAGCCAACGUGGAGGAGAUCGCCGUGCCGCAGGGCGACUUCGCCAAGUUCGACCUCAACCUCUUCGACGAGAAGUACGGAGUGAGAAUGGCCACCUCCGCCAUGUACUUCUCCCUGUGUGACGACACCGUGAGGAGCCCCAGGGUGCAGGACCUGGUCCACCAGAGGUACGACCUGGCUUUCGUGUCGUCCAUCUGCUCCGACUGCUACCUCUGGCUCGUCUACCGGUUGAAGAUCCCGUUCGUAGUGUUAUCGCCUCUGGAUCUCUUGUCUGUGACGGCCAACCUCAUCGGGAAUCCUAUCUUCUCCUCAUUCCAACUCCACCCUUUUUUGGAAUACGAACACCCCAUGACCUUCUUGCAGAGGACACACAGUGCUCUGAUGGAUGCUGGGGGUUUGGUCUAUAUGCGUCACAUAUAUAGUGGCAUCGAGCAGAGGUGUCGAGAGAGCGGCCUCUGUCCAGAAGACAUGCCGUCCAUUGUCGACAUGUACAGGAAUGCUUCAAUGACCUUCGCGAACAAGUAA